GAGAGGGAAACCCGGUUCCUAGGAUUUCCAAGUGAGCGGUCGGGAAUAGCCUUAUUAUCCCUUUCCUUCGCCUCUCCCGCCUCCGCUUUUAGAGUCGUACAGGCCAAAGACAGAAAGUGCUGCUACCCAGAGUUGUCAGUAGUAGCUGAUCCUAAAGCCUUGGACUGGGGCAACAGUGGCGCGGUGUUCCCACUCUCUUCCUUAGGGCUGUUCUGCAACCCGGUAAAAUGGCCUGUACAAUAGAAAAGAUCUUGACAGAUGCAAAAACAUUGCUGGAAAGGCUGAAAGACCAUGAUAAUGCCGCUGAGUCUCUCAUUGAUCAGUCCACCAUGUUGCAUAAGAAAGUAGUGGCUAUGAAAGAAGCUGGUACAACUCUUUCACACAAGUAUCAAGAAGAUGCAACUGAGCUAAAGGAUAUCUCUAAAUACAAACCUCACAUUCUCUUGUCUCAGGAAAACACUCAGAUCAGAGAUCUGCAACAAGAAAAUAGAGAGCUAUGGAUCUCUUUGGAAGAACACCAAGAUGCACUGGAACUUAUUAUGAGCAAAUACAGAAAACACAUGCUGCAGCUCAUGAUGAAAAGAAAAGAUGUGGAUGCUCAGUCAGUUUUGCAAGUACAUCAAACUCAGUCCACAGAAAUUGAGAGUCAAAUUGACAGGAUCUGUGAAAUGGGAGAAGUUAUGAGAAAAGCAGUUCAUGUUGACAGCGACCAGUAUUAUAAAAUACAAGAAAAGCUAGCACAAUUAGAGCUUGAAAAUAAGGAGUUGCGAAAAUUAUUAUCAAUCAGUAGAGAAUCUGUUGAAGUGAGGCAAGAGUUACCUGAUGAUGCAUCUCAAGCUACAAAACCUCAGUCCUGGAACAGCUGAUCUUGAAAAUUGGUAACUGUACUGCAGGAAUGUAUAUGCUUCCUUUCCAAGCUGACCUUUGGUCUUCUCUUGGAUACCAUUCCAAGCCUGUUACCACAUUGUACAUUCUGUGCUUAGGGAAGGGAUGUUGGAAUGCCCCUUCUUUUGAUUAAGAAUUGUUCUGCUUAAUCAUACAGAAGAGUGUAGUAAAUGUUUUCUUUAGGUUACCCAUGAUUUUAGAAAUCUCAGUUGGAUAGAGCAAGGAUUAUCUUAGCUUUUCCAGUGUGAGCAAAUUACAUAAAGCCAAGUCUUUCAGCAUGGCUUUAAAUUCAUUGGAAUUCUGUUCUUAAAUAUGUUUAGGAUACAUUGUUGUACAAACCUUAGGCACUCCCACGUCUAAUGCUAGAAUUUCUGCUUCUAGCAUUGCUUGGUGCCACAUUUAUUGUGUCAUUUAAAAAUAGAUUGUCAUAUUACCUAUAUCCUAAUAUCAACAAAUGCAGAAAAUAACACACAGUAUUCUGCCAAAGUGUUCGUUGAAUCCCCAUGCAUAUGACUAUUUCACACAGGAGAUGUCUCUGUGGGUUAUAGCAAAGUCUGGUAUUUCUGCCAACCUAGAAUGUUUCCAUGAGUGUGCUAAUCCAUUAUGGGGCAUAUCCUCAUUAGUUCUUUUUUAUCUUUGUCAGUAUCUACUUGAUCAAGGAAUCUGUCUCUAAUUUCUUAUAGCCACAUUAAGCCCCAGUGUAUGGGUGUCAAGAAGGAGAGAUGUGCAGAAAACAAGUCUUUGUUGUUUCCUAUGAAGAUAAUUCUGUAUGCAGGCAUUUGCACAAAGAACAAAUAUGCUGUACAUGUUAUUCCUGUGAAAGGUGAAUUUACUUUUUUUGCAAGCCCCUGCCAGUAUUUUAAAAAUUAUUUUUGUUGACAGAUUGAUGAUUGAAGACACUAUCUCAAUAAGUAUUCCUAAUAUUAAUAUUAUUACUUGAGCUUUUAAGUAGGUGUUGGUAAAAUUGUCUUGAUCCUGAACUUUUUCAGAAAAAAACAUUCAUUGCAUUGAUUUGAACAAUCAUUAAAAUAGUAAGUUAUAAACUGACUGUCUAGGAUUUCAGUUAAAUCCUAUUUUUAUUUUCAGGCUUUUAAAAAGUUUAAUAUUUUGUUUCUUCAUUUGCUUUGGCCUUAAAAAGUACUUGCCAACAUCCCUAUACCUAAUAGAUUUAAUGACUGUAUUAUGAGGGUAGACAGACUAAGAUCUAUCUAACCAUCAUGUGUCUAUAUGAAUGUCUUCAUUCGGAUAGUAUGCUCCAAGAUUGUCUAUUUAACAUAUUGGUAAUAUGUUGUAAACUGUACAAAUUAGAAAUGUCUCUCUUCUAACAUUUCUUAGGCAAAAGAAAGUGUUCUUGCUUCUCUGAUGGUAAAACAGAAUCUCUGAAAUUUAUAUGUAUUGUCCACAUCUACUCUUGCUUUCCAGGUUUAAUCAAGCUUUAGGAAUAAAACUAAAAUAGUCAACUCA